GCUAUCUAUAAAUGAACGGGGCUCUACUGGAUAUCCUCCUGCACUCGCAACGGCAAUUUUGGAACAUCCCAUCUUCAUGUCACUUCGGCUCACUUGACGAAUCGAAGAGGUCGGGCUGCGUUUGAGAACAAGCGAUUUAAUAGGUUAUUAGAUGAAAUAUAAAAGAAAAUUCGAAACAAGCAAGCUAUCAAAUCAACGAAUAACCGUCCGUAACCUAUCACUGUUGUUUAGAAGAGAAAAUUAAAUCUCCUGACUCCAACGUAUUCCACGGCCUCUCUCUCUGUCACUCUCUCUCAAGCCUGCAGUCAUGACCGAGAACAUUCGUAUCAACAAUCCCAAUGUGAAGUACACAGAUACACACAUUGAGGCUCAGUACUGCUACCAUACUACUGCUGUACGCAGGGACGGAGACACACUCACAGUGACCCCGUCCGUUAGUGAGCUUGAGUUCCGUACUGAGCGACAUGUCCCCAGGCUGGGGGUGAUGCUAGUUGGCUGGGGAGGAAACAAUGGGACCACCGUCACCGCUGCUGUACUGGCCAACAGACUGGGACUCACCUGGAGAACCAAAACUGGAGAACAGAAAGCCAACUACUACGGUUCCCUCUUCCAGUCCUCAACUGUGUGUUUAGGUGCGGGGCCAGAUGGAAAGGAAGUUAACAUUCCGUUCCGUGACCUCCUACCCAUGAUGCACCCUAAUGAUAUCGUCUUUGAUGAGAGAGUGUGUGUGUCAGGCUGGGACAUCUCAUCCAUGGAUCUGGGCAGUGCGAUGGAGAGAGCCGAGGUCCUUGAUUGGUCCCUCCAGGAGAAGCUCCGCCCACACAUGAGCCACCUCCGACCCCGGGCCUCCAUCUAUAUCCCAGAAUUCAUAGCUGCCAACCAGGCGGGCCGAGCAGACAACGUUCUGAAAGGGACCAUGGCUGAACAGGUGGAGCAGAUCAGAGCAGACAUUCAGGACUUCCGGCAUUCAAGCGGCGUGGACAAGGUCAUCGUUUUGUGGACGGCCAACACCGAACGUUUCUGUGACCUCACAGCCGGGGUCAACGACACGGCCAAGAAUCUCCUGGCUGCCAUACAGUCAGGUGGGGAGGUGUCUCCCUCUACUUUGUUUGCUGUGGCCAGUAUCCUGGAGGGCUGUGCCUACAUUAACGGUUCUCCCCAGAACACGUUUGUCCCUGGGGCGAUAGAGCUGGCUGUGGAGAGAAAUGUGUUCAUAGCAGGAGAUGACUUCAAGUCUGGUCAGACAAAGAUCAAGUCAGUCCUGGUCGACUUCCUCAUCAGUGCUGGGAUCAAGCCCACCUCCAUUGUCAGCUACAAUCACCUUGGCAACAACGAUGGUAUGAACCUCUCAGCACCGCAGCAGUUCCGCUCCAAGGAGAUCUCCAAGAGCAAUGUGGUGGAUGACAUGGUCAACUCCAACCCUAUACUGUACCACAAUGGGGAGAAACCUGACCACUGUGUGGUGAUUAAGUAUGUGCCGUAUGUGGGGGACAGUAAGAGGGCGAUGGAUGAAUACACCUCUGAGAUCAUGAUGGGAGGAACCAACACUAUCGCAAUGCACAACACCUGUGAGGACUCUCUGCUAGCCAGUCCUAUCAUCCUGGACCUGGUCCUCCUCACAGAGUUGUGUCAGCGUGUAUGUGUUCGGCCCCAAGGAUCAGAGACCUUCCAGUCCUUCCACAGUGUCCUGGCUAUCCUCUCCUUCAUGUGUAAAGCUCCCCUCGUCCCCCCUGGGGCCCCGCUGGUCAAUGCCUACUUCAGACAGAGAGCCUGCAUUGAGAACAUCAUGAGAGCGUGCCUUGGUCUCCCCCCUCAGAACCACAUGCACCUGGAGCACAAGCUGCAGAGGGGCUUCCUGCCUCGCCACGACAACCGUAUCUACGACAAUGUGGCUACCAAGAGGGUCCUAAGCAACGGUUACCACGCCUCCCAACAGAAUGGUGUCUGCGCACACGUGGUGAAAGAGGCAACGAUUGGAUAAUGGCUGCAGAUUAGGUCUCUGUCAUCACAGGGAAGAUUCUAGAAGUGUCCACAGCCACAGAGAAACAAUUAUAUCCAUAGUUUAGUUUAUUAGGAUCCCCAUUAGCUGUUGCACAUGCAGCAGCUACUCUUCCAUGGGUUACACACUAUUACAUAUUUAGAUACUUAUACAGUGCAGUUAAAUUAGAUCCAUAGAAAGUUAGCCAAACUCUUUAUACAGCAUACUGUAUGAUGAUCAUGUUUUAUUUGGCCUGGUUGUGUAAGAUACAUACAGUAGGAAACACAACCUCUAGUUGGCUUUAACCAUUGUCACUUUUGGACAACCAGUCUAAUAUUCUGUGGUUUUAGACUCUUAUUGCUCAUAUACAUACAAAUUUAACCAAAAUCUGUUCAUGUAUUUGUUCCAAUGAUACAGUGGGGAGAACAAGUAUUUAAUACACUGCUGAUUUUGCAGGUUUUCUUACUUACAAAGCAUGUAGAGGUCUGUAAUUUUUAUCAUAGGUACACUUCAACUGUG